AUGCUUGAGUCAGGAGAUUGUGGCGAAAAAAGAGGAACAGAUAUUAUCGCGAUUGAUAUUGGAACAACAACAAUUAAGGCUUGCCUAUAUGAUUCUCAUUGCCGGCUCAUUAGCUAUACCGAAGAAUCAAUCAUUGUCCAAUUUAAAGGUGGCAAUGAAAAUGGUCUUCGCGCAGAGAUUGAUCCUGAUGUUCUUUGGAACCAGUUGGUUACAUUAGUUUCUGAACUAUUAGCUAAGACAAAACGUGAUGCACGGACAAUAAUCGGUAUGGGAAUUAGCUGCCAAAGGAAUACAUUCAUUAGUUGGAAUAAAGAAAGUGGAAAGCCAUGUCAUCGACUAAUUACUUGGAAAGAUUGUCGUGCACGAGAGGAAUGUAAGAAGUGGAACAAUUCGUGGUCUUUAAAAGCUAUAAAUUUGAUUGGUUAUGUUUUACACAAGCUGACACGAUCUGCGAGAUUUAUGGCUGCCCGAAUGUUCUCCUUUUUAAAUGCGAUGGUGACUCAUCGUUUUUUAGUUACUCUUGCUGAACGAUUGCUGAAAGAAAAAAAACUGAGCUUCGGUUGUCUCGACACUUGGUUGAUAUAUAAACUUUCUGGUGGCGUCGUUUGUGUCAGCGAACCUUCUAACGCAAGCAGUACAGGAUUGUUCGAUCCUUACACGAUGGAGUGGGGCUGUAGCUUAUUGCAAUUCAUUUCCUUUCCUAUAUCGGUUCUUCCACGUCUCACAUUUUCUGCUGGAGUGAGACUUGCUGUUACCGAUAAAAAGUUAUUUGGUGCUCCGAUUAUCAUAGCUGCUGCAGCAGGUGAUCAGCAAAGUGCCCUAUUCGCUUGUGGUUGUUGGAUGGAAAAUGAUGCUAUAUUUUCACUUGGUACUGGAUCCUUUGUAGACAUCAAUACUGGCUCGUCACCUCAUUCUUCUGUUAAAGGUUUAUAUCCUUUGGUCGGAUGGAACUUUCCGAAUUCGUUGAAAUUUGUUGCGGAAGGAUGCUCCCAAGAUACAGCAGUAAUUCUGCGUUGGGCGGAAUCCAUUGGUUUAUUUGAAGAUGUUACAGCUACUUCACAAAUGGCUCAAAGUUGCUCGAUUUCUGGCCUCUACUUCAUUCCGGCGUUCUUUGGUAUUCAGACUCCAUUAAAUGACGAUACCGCUUGUUGUGGUUUCUUAGGUAUCCGUCCAGACACUACUAAGGAACAGAUGGUUCGUGCAAUGCUUGAGUCUAUCGCAUUUCGAAUCUACCAGAUAUGGAGAACGGUUAUUGACGAAAUUGGCACUUCCUCCACAGGAUUUGUUAGAUGCUGUGGUGGCGUAUCGAUGAAUGACUUUAUCUGCCAGACAAUUAGUACUCUUACCAAACUUCCGUUACAAAGAAUCAAUGGUCCAAACUUUGCGUCCGCGCGUGGUGUUGCUAUGAUGGCAGGAAUCACGUGUGGUUUGUGGAAGAAGGAUGAUUUGAAUGAUCUGAUUAACAUUGAAAAGAUUUUUGUCCCAGAGCUAUCCGUUUGCAAGAAAUUACUGCAGGAUUUUGAAAAGUGGGAAACAGCCAUGCAGAGAUGUCUCCAUUUCUACGAUGCUUAA